AUGCCAAUAGUAUCGAGAAUAGACCCUAACAUCAAAAAAGCUCUCAAGGUUCUUGUGUUGCUUUUAGCUUUUAGAAUCCAGAAACCAUUAAGUUUAACAGCAUUCGUUGCCCUUAAUCCAAUUAUUAAAGAGUAUUGCGUUCUUCUACAAGAUAAAUUUAGAGGGUCGUCACAUCUGAAAGCCACUGCAUACAAAGUAGCUAAUACAAUCUCAUGUAUCUUACUAUACCAUGGAGCUACAGGCAAUACUAAGAUUCCCAAGGAUUAUUUAAGCAUUUAUCUUUGGAUGACUUAUUUGGGGAUAUUGAAUAAACCUAGUGAUAGCUCAAUAAUUGUUCAUCCUGGUUAUUCAAAGUAUUUUAAGGUUGAUACUUAUGAAAGCAAAUGGAUCCAUACCCUUUAUGAUAAUAAACAAUUGAUAAUUUAUCCGUUGAUAUUUGGUCAAAUUCUUUCCAAUUACUUGACUCCAACGAAAUAUAAAUUGAAUCAGAGAUACCUCUCGAGUUUUAUCAAAUCUAGAAUACUUAACCCUAUUUGGAUCAACUAUAGUUUAGGUAACCUGGGAGUUAGAUUUAAUUGGAUAGGAGUGUUGAAAACCUACGUUAAACAUAAUUUGGUAUUACUUGGUAUCAUGCUAAUUAUGACUUUCAAGAACAGAUUCCUUGAUUUGUAUUAUGAAUUGAAAUUAGGAGUCACUAAUACUCAUGAUGCCAAAACUUCCAUGACUGAUAUUAUCAGAAACCAUUUAAUGUAUGCUUUCCAUAAGGCAAAUGGGAUUACCAAUUUUAUUUAUAUUCCAAACUUAUUAGCUAUUGGGUUUUUAUCAUUCACUUCGCCCAUAUUGAGGAGCAAGAUGUUGCGCUCUAUUUAUUCUAAUAAUCCCAAACUUAUUUUCAAGAGUUAUAUCAAAUCGAUUGGAUUUAUAUCUGCAUUAAUAGCAGUUUUAGUCAAUUUUAAUGAUCCUAUACCUGCGUUUGGCUAUGACUAUAAUUCAAAGCUAGAUGAUGUUAAUACCAAAAAUAUUCGAAUGAUUUCAAAAUCAGCUAUUGAUGGGGUUAACUUAUAUUUAAUCAGAUUAAUUAUUCUUUCAAAGUGGAGAAUUACGAAGGAAAACCAUCCAAUAUUCACAAAGGUUAAAUUGAGUCUUUGGGAUAAAUUAGAAUCAAUAACUUUCGCCUUGGGAUUCCUUAAAGUAAUGAAUUUGAAUGAUUACAUUAAUCAAAACCCUUCAUCACUGGACUAUUCAAGACUUAAGAAAGAGUCACUUAUAAAGAUUGCGGAUAGAGUUAUGUAA